GCUUUUUAAUCAAAAUAAAGCUUUCAUUCGCAUUUUACAAUCCUUUGGAGAAAUGGCAUUUUUAUUUGUAUCUUUUGUUUUACUUGUGCUGAAUAGCUGGUGUACAGCUGAAUCAACUGUUAAAACUCAGCUGAAGGUACUUGAAUCUAAAGAUCGUUUGGAGUUUGUACCGUUUGGGAAAAGUGCUGGUGGUGCUAAUGUUGGUUCUAUAGUGGCCAAUGAGAAAGACUUAAUUUAUACUGCUGAUAACGGCUACGGAAAUCCAGGUGACCUGAUUUAUAGAUACAGGGAAUCAAACGACGUCCUGCAAAUCAGAGAAGUUAUUGUCCUGCCGGAAAUCAGUUCGGAUGUCCAGGAGGUCCAGUGGUAUGCGGUCACGCAGGCCCGUCGUAUAACCUCCGUGAGAGUGUUAAAUUUCGGCAGGGAAAGGGCUUAUGCUCUUCGCAUCGAUGUGGCUGGAAAUGAGGUCCAGGCAAUUUUGAGGAUUCCACCCAACUAUGAUCCCAGGGUUAUCAUCGAGGUAUAUGGAGUUUGAGAGGAUUUUACCAUGCUUUUGUUUAUGUAGGUUAAAGGUUAAGGAACUUAAUUGAUCAGAGCACAUAUGUAUGUAUUUUUUAAUUUUUUAUGCUAUGUAAGCAGUCUUUAUGUUAUUUUAGAGUUAUAUAAGGAAAUAAAUUUAUUCGAAAAAAGUAAAA